GAUGAUAAGUUAUAACUCGCGCAGCAGUGUUUGACAUCAAACACAUUUAUGGAUCGUUUCAUUUGAUUUUUUCGAUUCGAAACAAUGACCACCACCACCACCGCCAACAAUAACAAAAAGAAUGGUAACAAAAAAUUUAAAUUUGAAAUUGGUGAAAAAGUACUUUGCUAUCAAGAUAAACAUAUUUAUGAAGCUAAAUGUUUAGAUAUUCGUAAAUCAAAUACAUUGAUUGAAUAUUUAAUACAUUAUCGUGGUUGGAAACCUAAAUACGAUGAAUGGGUAUUGGCCGAUCGUAUACUUAAAUAUACACAGGAUAAUCUUAAACUUCAACAAAAAUUACGACAAUUUAAAAAAAAUCGUCGUAAAAGAAAAUCAAAAAAAUCUGAUCAUGAUGAUGAUGAAUUGAAAAAGAAAAAAUCAACGAAAAAAGAUGAUUCUUCGAAAAAACUCGCUAACAGCUCAGAUGGUAAUUCUACCAAUAAUAAUAAUAAUUCGGUAAAUCAUAAUUAUAAAAAUCUAAAUUCCAACGAUAUCGAAGUACCUGUUCAUAUUGAAAAUCAACAAGAUUUUCUCAAUAAACGUGAAGUUAAAAUUCGUAUACCUGAAGAUUUGAAAACAAUUCUGACCGAUGAUUGGGAAUUGAUUAUCAAUCAGAAAAAAUUGGUUCAUCUUCCAUUCAAAUUAAACAUUGAUAAAAUAUUGAAUGAUUAUUUUUUCAACAAAUCACAAGCAGCUAAAUUACCAUCAAAUCAUACGCUCGAUGGUUAUAUUGAUUUCCUUAAUGCUAUACGAAGAUAUUUUAAUUUUUUUCUCGACAAAUGUUUAUUAUAUCCAUCGGAAAAACAACAAAUGGAAUAUUUGAUAAAAAAUUAUGAUGAAUUCGCUAAAACAGCCAAAUCUAUUUCAACAAACAACAAAGAUUCAAAACGUUUACAAAAGAAAUUCAAAAAAUCUACAUCAAAAUCCGGAAACAAUCGUUUUGUUUUAUCAUCAAAUGUAUUGACAAAUGAAAAUGAAAACACACCGUCUAUUAAAUCUCCUCGUUUACCAUUAUUGUUCACCGAUCAAAAUAGUCAAAGCGAAACAUCGGAUAGUUGUAGUACAAGUACUGAAGUAUCAAGUACCGAACUACAAAAUUGUCAACAACAAAAUAAAUUGGAUCCAUCAAACACCACCAGUGUUAUUAUCAACAACAAUGAAAAACAAAUCGAUUUUACUAAACUUUAUGGUGCUGUUCAUCUUUUACGUUUGUUCACUAAAUUGGGACAAUUUAUUUUUUACACUGAUCUCAAUUCAGAACGUAUCAAUCUAGUAAACAGUUAUAUUUAUGAUUUUUUAAAAUAUUUAAGCAAAAAUCUUUGGCUUUUUGCUAAUGAAUCGGAUACAUCUUAUAUUGAUUCAAUUUUACUUUGUAAAUAA